AUGGCGCUUCGCUCUGCCCUCAGGAAGAUGCCUGCCCUCGGUAGGUCGCUCGGGAUGGCCCCCCGUACGGGCCUCGUGCACGCGCUCUCGCUCUCGCUCUCGCCGCCGGCGUGUUCUCGCCUGAUGUCCCAUGUCCCACAGCCACAGGAAGAAGAGCUGUUUUAUUCUGAUGAAGCGCGCGCCAAACGGCGCGAGGAAUUCAAUCGCACUGAAGCAAGUUUUGAGCAGAGCAUGAAGGAUAUACAGAAAGAUUUGGAUUUUUUGAAAGAACUUCACAGUCGUGAAUGGCCUGAUCCUGAAGAAAAUUUCCGCAAGGAGCUUCGCAAAUUUGAGAAGAAAUGUGAUAUUGCUCUUCUUGUACUCGUGCCUACAACUGCUGUGCUCUUUAUGAGUAUACCAUAUUACCUUUAG